AUGUUGGUGGAGCGAAAUAUACACAACGCCUUGCACAGACCCAAAUUUGGAGCAUUAUUGCACUCCGAAGCCACCUCGCAUUACACCUCCAACAACGACGACGAUAACUUCCAACAAAACCGCCACAGCAACGCCAGCCACAGAAACUACACCGAUAGCAGCGACAAUGCCUCUCCCUGCACCAUGUCCCCAUGGAGCUACCCACCCGAUUCUUCAUCUCCUCUCAACAAGUCUCCGUGGUUAUUAGCCACCUCUCCCGCCAUUAACCUCUUCCAACACCACCAAGACGACCUUCCCGGAAACAGCCUCAUCGGAUCCCUCGUGCGCGAGGAGGGUCACAUAUAUUCCUUGGCCGUUUCAGGGGACUUGUUAUACACAGGCUCCGACAGCAAGAACAUUAGAGUGUGGAAGCAUCUCAAGGACUACACUGGCUUCAAAUCAAGAAGUGGAUUGGUCAAAACCAUAAUAAUCUCAGGCGGAAAAAUCUUCACCGGCCACCAAGACGGGAAGAUCAGAGUGUGGAAGGUCUCGUCCAAGGAUCCAACCAAGCAUAAACGCGUUGGGAGCUUGCCAACGUUCAAACAGUACGUGAAGUCUUCCGUGAACCCGAGGAACUACGUGGAGGUUCGGCGGAACCGGAACGCGGUGAAGGUGAAGCACUUCGACGCCGUUUCGUGUCUGAGCCUGGACAACGAGGAAGGGUUGCUGUACUCCGGAUCGUGGGACAAGACGCUCAAGGUGUGGCGCGUGGCGGAUUACAAGUGUUUGGAUUCGAUUAACGCGCACGACGAUGCGGUGAACGCGGUGGUGACGGCGUCCGGAGGUUACGUGUUUACGGGCUCCGCGGAUGGGACGGUGAAGGUGUGGAGGAGGGUGAGCGAUGAGAAGGGGAAGAAGCCAAAACACGUGUUGGACCGGAUUUUGCUGAGGCAGGAGAACGCGGUUACGGCGCUGGCGGUGAACCGUACGGCCACGGUGGUUUAUUGCGGUUCCUCUGAUGGGAUGGUGAAUUUCUGGGAGCGUGACGAGAAGGGAGGGUUCUCGCACGGCGGCGUCUUGAGGGGGCACAAGCAAGCCGUGCUCUGCCUGGCCGCGGCGGGGAACCUUCUCUUCAGUGGAUCUGCGGAUAAGAACGUGUGCGUGUGGAAGCGCGAUGAGAAUGGGUUCCAUGCCUGCCAUUCGGUUCUGACGGGUCACAUGGGUCCUGUUAAGUGUAUCGCCGUGGAGGAGGAUCGGGCGCAACCGGAGAAGCCUCGCCAGAAAGGGGAUCAACGGUGGAUUGUGUACACCGGGAGCUUGGACAAGUCGGUGAAGGUGUGGCGCGUGUCCGAACACGCGCCGGAUUUGAGCAUGUUCGAAACCUGGGCCACUCCUAAUCAUACCACAUAA